ACGGGACAUCUUUCUCCUAAACCAUCAUAUUUUCCUAUUUGUGGUGGAGUAACGGACAUCUCGUCAUCGUUACCAAACAAGGUUCUAUUAACGACAAAGACAAAUAAAGCGUGCUCCUUCAGUGUUGAAGUUAUCCUUUCCGUGGGUCCUUCCUGGGAAGCAGCUGCACAACAAGCCAUGAACAACCAACAACCAGGCGGAGGCGCAAGGCACCAUCCGGCGAUGCCGACUUGGUCGCAUAUUGGAGACACAAAUUCACUUCACACAGUUUACUACCAGCAUCUAAGUGGUUAUAAUCAAGGGCAACCGGGCAGGCUUUCCAGGGGAACCUUCGUGCGGAGAUCUGGCAGGAGAAUCCGUACCAGCUACACCGACGACCAGCUGACCAAACUAGAAGAAGUGUUCAGUAAGCAGCGGUACAUGACCGGGACUGAGAAGAUGCUUCUGGCCUCAGUGCUGAGACUGACCCAGACACAGGUCAAAGUCUGGUUCCAGAACAGGAGAACGCGUUGGAGGAAGGCCCAUGGGGACAUUGCCGGUGUACCGGAGAGCCACGCUCACGGUGAAACACCGAGCAAGGAGACGGAUGAGUUGAUUUCCGUGGACAAUGACGAGUCAUGGGUGUAUUUUUGAUUUAAAGUUAUAUUACUAAAUGCCUUGAGGCCAUCACACACAUUCACGGUGAUUCUUGAAUUAUUGUCAAACAAGAGCGACUAUAUUUUACCACUGUGUGGCCUGGCAUGGGAUGCUUCAGCUCGUCAAUCAGCUAACAACUAGGCUGAAGAUUUAGCCGUGUCAUUUUUGUAAUGUAUUUUAUAUUCCUCUUUCACAACAUCUCUUAUGUGAUUUAGUUUUUUUUUCCAUCUCACAGACUUUUUUAUUGUGUUUCUUUUCAGUUUAUGUUGUGCAUUUAUCCAUGUACUGAACCCAGGAUAUAGGCCUUGCUUUCUGUACUGAACCCAGGAUAUAGGCCUAGCUUUCUAUACUGAACCCAGGAUAUAGGCCUAGCCUUCUGUACUGAACCCAGGAUAUAGGCCUUGCUUUCUGUAUUGAACCCAGGAUAUAGGCCUAGCUUUCUAUACUGAACCCAGGAUAUAGGCAUAGCCUUCUGUACUGAACCCAGGAUAUAGGCCUUGCUUUCUAUACUGAACCCAGGAUAUAGGCCUAGCUUUCUGUACUGAACCCAGGAUAUAGGCCUAGCUUUCUUUACUGAACCUAGGAUAUAGGCCUAGCUUUCUGUACUGAACCCAGGAUAUAGGCCUAGCCCUCUGUACUGAACCCAGGAUAUAGGCCUAGCCCUCUGUACUGAACCCAGGAUAUAGGCCUAGCCCUCUGUACUGAACCCAGGAUAUAGGCCUAGCCUUCUGUACUGAACCCAGGAUAUAGGCCUUGCUUUCUGUAUUGAACCCAGGAUAUAGGCCUAGCUCUCUAUACUGAACCCAGGAUAUAGGCCUAGCCCUCUGUACUGAACCCAGGAUAUAGGCCUAGCUUUCUGUACUGAACCCAGGAUAUAGGCCUAGCCCUCUGUACUGAACCCAGGAUAUAGGCCUUGCUUUCUGUACUGAACCCAGGAUACAGGCCUAGCUUUCUGUACUGAACCCAGGAUAUAGGCCUAGCCCUCUGUACUGAACCCAGGAUAUAGACCUAGCCCUCUGUACUGAACCCAGGAUAUAGGCCUAGCCCUCUGUACUGAACCCAGGAUAUAGGCCUUGCUUUCUGUACUGAACCCAGGAUACAGGCCUAGCCCUCUGUACUGAACCCAGGAUAUAGACCUAGCCCUCUGUACUGAACCCAGGAUAUAGACCUAGCCCUCUGUACUGAACCCAGGAUAUAGGCCUAGCCCUCUGUACUGAACCCAGGAUAUAGGCCUAGCCCUCUGUACUGAACCCAGGAUAUAGGCCUAGCCCUCUGAACUGAACCCAGGAUAUAGGCCUAGCCCUCUGUACUGAACCCAGGAUAUAGGCCUAGCCCUCUGUACUGAACCCAGGAUAUAGGCCUAGCCCUCUGUACUGAACCCAGGAUAUAGACCUUGCCCUCUGUACUGAACCCAGGAUAUAGGCCUAGCCCUCUGUACUGAACCCAGGAUAUAGGCCUAGCCCUCUGUACUGAACCCAGGAUAUAGACCUAGCCCUCUGUACUGAACCCAGGAUAUAGACCUAGCCUCCUAAUUCUAUACUGCUAUUUUUUUCUGUUCUACUGAUUACUGUCUCUAUAUGUUAGUUUUGACUGAUAUUUUUUAGCUACUUGAU